CUGCAGCCGCCUGGCCAGCGCUCUCCGAAACCCCCUUCCCCACUGCCGGUUCGUUCAGGGGGGGUGGGGGGUCGCAACUAAGCCACCGAGUGCGGAUACAGUGACACGGCACAAACCCGCUCCCUCGUCCACUACAAUACCCAUGACUGACGAACAGUGUCGGGGACGCUUCACUGCAUGCCGUCACUCUGGUCUCGGGCGUUCCAUUGUUUUGCCACCAGGCACCGCCCACCGCCUUGACCUUCGGAACUUCAACCGCAAUCCAUCGACCAACAUCAACAGCCUUCCAUCCCUUCCAACCUUCAAGGGGGGGCCCUCUACCCUGCAGCACCACUUUCGAAUGGUCCACAAACGCUCUCCUGCUGCCCAUACGAAUCGUCACGCUGUCAAUUCUCUCGCCCACUCACCAGCAAUCACCAUGGGAGACGUCAUGGCGUUGAAGUUGAGAAAAGACCGACGAGCAGCAUCAUGUGUAAUCGUCUAGCAUCGCUGCUCUGACCCUAUCGUACCGGAUGCCCGGCGGCUGAGGGGAGCAAACAAAUGCGGCACCCUAGGGAGGGGCUUUGUGGAUUCCUAUCGAUAUGACUCGCUCUGGCCCAAUGGGCUAUAUCAUCAAGACACGAACACAAGUAAUCAAGCGUCACACUGACGACCCUUCGGCCUGGUCAGGAAAGUGUACCAAGAACCUACAAUGAAAAAUUCAUGGAGUUACAGAGAAAAUGUCGCGACGGCCCCACAGAACAUCCAAGGCAGGGAAAAAAAAAAAGAAGCAAGGCGCUUGAAUCGCC